UAUAAUAAAUUCAAGUGUCGCAUCCUGAAUGAGAAGGUCAAUACUCCAACUACAACCGUGUACAGGUGUGGUCCCUUGAUAGAUUUAUGCAGAGGCCCUCAUGUCAGACAUACUGGCAAGAUAAAGACCAUAAAAAUUCAUAAGAAUUCAUCUACCUAUUGGGAAGGCAAGGCUGAUAUGGAAUCCCUCCAGCGCAUCUAUGGAAUUUCAUUCCCAGAUGGAAAAAUGCUGAAGGAAUGGGAGAAGUUCCAGGAAGAGGCUAAAAGCAGAGAUCACAGAAAAAUUGGGCGGGACCAAGAACUCUUUUUCUUCCAUGAGCUCAGCCCUGGUAGCUGUUUUUUCUUGCCUAAAGGAGCUUACAUUUAUAACACAUUAAUUGAAUUCAUCCGGGGUGAGUAUCGAAAACGUGGAUUCCAGGAGGUUGUCACUCCAAAUGUUUUCAACAGCAAGCUAUGGAUGACUUCAGGGCACUGGCAGCAUUACAGUGACAACAUGUUUUCCUUUGAAGUGGAGAAAGAAAUCUUUGCUCUGAAGCCGAUGAACUGUCCAGGACACUGCCUUAUGUUUGAUCAUCGUCCAAGAUCAUGGCGUGAGCUGCCAUUACGGUUGGCAGAUUUUGGUGUUCUGCAUCGCAACGAGCUGUCAGGAGCUCUUACAGGACUCACUCGCGUACGCCGGUUCCAGCAGGAUGAUGCUCACAUAUUCUGUGCUAUGGAGCAGAUUGAAGAGGAGAUAAAGAGUUGUCUGCAGUUCUUGCGUACUGUGUAUGAUGUCUUUGGAUUUUCCUUUAAACUGAAUCUCUCUACUCGUCCUGAAAAGUACCUGGGAGAUAUUGAAGUGUGGAAUCAGGCUGAAAAGCAACUUGAGAACAGCCUUAAUGACUUCGGUGAGAAGUGGGAGUUGAACCCUGGCGAUGGAGCUUUCUAUGGACCUAAGAUUGACAUUCAGAUUAAAGAUGCCAUUGGCCGCUACCACCAGUGUGCUACAAUCCAGCUCGACUUCCAACUGCCAGUCAGAUUUAACCUCACCUUUGUCAGCCAUGAUGGUAAUGACAAGACAAGACCAGUUAUUAUUCACCGGGCUAUCUUGGGAUCUGUGGAGAGAAUGAUCGCCAUUCUGACUGAAAACUAUGGAGGGAAAUGGCCACUCUGGCUGUCCCCACAGCAGGUAAUGGUGGUACCAGUGGGACCAACGUGUGAUGAGUAUGCUCAAAAGGUCAGGCAGCAUUUCCACGAUGCUGGAUUAAUGGCAGAUGUCGAUGUUGAUCCCGGGUGCACACUGAACAAGAAGAUCAGAAAUGCUCAGCUUGCACAGUAUAACUUUAUUCUGGUUGUGGGUGAAAAGGAGAAGGCAAGUGGAACAGUUAACAUCCGUACACGAGACAACAAGGUGCAUGGUGAGCGUACAAUUGCGGACACUGUGGAGAGGCUGCUGGAACUGAAAUGCUCUCGCUCCAGACAAGCUGAAGAGGAAUUUUAACACCAUCUGCUCCACUGCGCAUAAGAAAAGAUCCUAUUUUUCCUAACUCAGUUAACCACAGAAUUUUUGU